AUGUCUGAAUCUAAGAAACCUGACACGGAAAAGACGAAAGAGAAAUCUGACAAAGACGAGUCUAGCGGAUCAAGUGACUCAGCUAACGCUAAUGCUGAUGAUGAUGAUGAUCAAAUUGGACGAGGUGUUGGCACAGCAAAAAUAACAGUCAAUCGUGAAGAAUACUUGCAAGCUUAUAGAGAUCUCAUAAAUGAAUCCAAACAAUUACAAAUGAAAAAUAAUAUUUUACAUCGACGACUUGCUGAGCAUUACAAAAAACGUAAAUGUGAGCAUGUAUUGAAACCUUUUGAAGGAGCAGCUGAUUUGGAGGAAAAGUAUACGCAGAAACUAAUGUCAUACGAGAACUUAAAAGAAGCAUCGGAAAAAGAAACAGCGGAUUUACGAGCAAAAAUUACUACAGUGGAAAAUCAAUUCUUGGCGCAGCAUGAACACGCAGAAUCAAAAUUUGCUGCAUUACAAGCUUUCGAAAGAACUACCGGUACUGGUCUUAUCUUCUCUGCUAAAGGAAAACCAAUACCUGAUAAGACUGUGUCACGUUUUCUAUCACUGCAAAAUAGCAAAUGGCAACAGGCUUCUGCACUUUACUUAAGGUAUGUUAGAGCUAGAAACGCUGUAGCAGAACUUGAAGCUAUUGUUAGAAAGCUUGAAGUAAUUGGCCCAGGCCUUUACGUCUGCGAGUACGAGCAACUAAAUAUUGACAAUCAGAACUAUAGUUCUAAAAUAGAAGAACGUCAGGAUGAGUUAGUGAAAAAUCGUUCAAAAUGCACUGAACAUAACCAGAUGUUGGCUCACAUAAGAGAGAAAAUGCAUCAUACUGAAGAAGUUACUGAUAGUACUGAAUGUGAUCUUGGAGAAGCUGAACUUGAGUUUACCAGAGCUAGGGAGGAUCUUGGCGCUGUAAAGGCGCAACGUAACAAACUGCGGUCGUCACUAGAAGUUGAAAAACUAAAAGCGGGUUUACUUACUAGGAAGGACUUAUUACGUGAUUUUCAAGAUGCCUCAGAUGGGGUAAUGAUUCUACGACAAAGGAAAGAAGAACUAAAAGCUCAAAUAGAAAACAUAAAUAAAAAGUUGAGAGCAGUUCGUCAAAGUGAAAAACUUCAUAUGGAAUGA